UUGUGUGGAUUAGAUAGAGAGUUGAAUAAAGAUGGCAUUAACAAAAUGACAACAAUCAUUGGAAUGGCCAAAUAGAAAGAGAGGGCAGAGAGAGAGAGACAGAGAGAUAUAUACACAAAAAGUAAAAACAAAAGCAAUUUCCAGGGUUUACAAAUCAUUCUUCCCUCCAAACCAAACAAAUACCCGCUCCCAACAAAGCGGGUUCACCUUGAUCUACUCCAUUUUUUCAACCACACUUCUUCAAGGUUUGUUUCCAAUCGGUUGAUUGAAGGGGGAUAAGAGAAGGUGUUUGGUACGGAGGGAGGUGCAAGUCAUUUCAAACAAUAUUUAACACAUUUCAGAUUCGUCAUUACUUCUAAUUCAAAACCGUUGGGAUUUUUAUUGUUAUUUCAAAACCUUUUUACUCUUUGAAUGCAUUAUUGUAUUACAUGGAUUUGGAAUCUUCCGAUGAUCCUUUCGAUGCAAAACCUUGCAAAUGUCGCGAUUGUGAUUGUGAAUGCGGUUGCUCUGAACGCUCAAAGAAUUGGACCCGCUCGGUGAAACGGAAACACGACGAGGCGGAAAAGGCGAGGCAAUUGAACGAAAGUGAUGGCAUUGUUCGUGUUGAAAUAGGCGACGAAUGCUUGGCAUUACGACAAGCAGUUUGUAGUCAACAAAAAGCUAUUCAAGAUUUGUAUUCUGAAUUGGAAGAAGAGAGAAAUGCUGCUUCAUCUGCGGCAAACGAAACCAUGUCAAUGAUACUCAGAUUGCAGAGUGAGAAGGCUGAACUCGAAAUGGAAGCUCGGCAAUUUAAGCGUUUUGUUGAGGAGAGAACAUCUCAUGAUCAACAAGAGCUUUUAGAAUUAGAGGAUUUGUUGUAUAAACGAGAACAAGCGAUUCAUUCGCUUACAUGUGAAGUUCAAGCUUAUAAGCAUAGAUUGAUGAGUUAUGGCUUAACUGAGUUAGAGGCAGAAGGUGAUAAUGAAUUUCCUCCUUAUGAGUAUCCUCCUUUGAAAUGUAAUGUAAUGCAUGUUGUCACAGAUGAUGAUAAUGAUGAUGAUGUUGAAAAAUAUGUGUUUGGAGAAACUCCUAGGGAUCGUUUGAGAAAUUUGGAGAAUAGGAUAUCUCAAAUGGAGAGAACUCCAACUUAUAGUCAAAUGAAUGAGGAUUUUUGUGCAAAGAACAUUAUUGAGAAGGUCAUAGUAGGACAAUCUCCUAGAAGGAAUAAACAUUCCAGAAAAUUUUCAUGUGAUUCGUCUUCAUUUGGCCCUGACUUGAUGUUGGAUUCUAGUCCCAGGAUCAAUGGUAGCUUUAGGAAGAUGGAUAGCAACGGCUUAGACGAUUUCUCCAAUUUAAAGAAGAUGGAUGAUGUGUUUGAGGUUGGUGAUAAUAUGACUGACAAAGUUUACACUAUUGAUUCUGAAUUCAAAGGCAGUUAUGAUGAGUAUGUAACAACUCCAAGGGAGUUUGGAAAUCAAGGUGAAUUUGAAGAUCCUAAUGUUAAAAAGCUUUACACAAGGCUUCAAGCACUUGAGGCAGAUAGGGAAUCCAUGAGACAGGCUAUCAUUUCGAUGCGUACUGAUAAAGCACAACUUGUUUUGCUCAAGGAGAUAGCUCAACAUUUGUGCAAAGAAAUGUCAGUACAGAGAAAAGUAACUGUUAGAUCCUUUAUUGGCGGCUUCUCCUUCUUCACAAUAUUUAAGUGGGUGGCUUCAAUUGUUUUCUGGAGAAAGAGAGGUCACCAAAUCAAGUAUAUGUUUGGGCUACCAUCUAACAAUAAUGGCUUGCUAAUGCUCCUUGACAAAGGACCCGGUGUAAGGUCGUGGAGAUAUAUUUCAAGGACACAAAUGUGAGAUUAGUUUACAGGCUAGGAGCAUAUAUGGGAGCACCAAAUGAAUCUUCAUUCAUCAUCAGACUAUCUAUGAGAUUUUUGUAUCUCUUUUUUUUUUCUUCAUAUAGAUUGUUGUCGCACGAGUGAUAUUCUGUGCAGUAUUUUAUGUUGUAUGAAAUGAAUUGGAAUUUAAUAUUGUAAUUUCUUGGUUGAUUGGUGAAACAUGGAUGUGGCUUGGUAUCUGAGCAUCCUCUCUCAUAUUAUUUGUUGUAAGGUAUAUUACCUUUAGCUAGGUUGUCCUCUGAUGUACAUGACAUGUUGUAAGUGUCCUCAUUCCUUCGUACAUUAUAUUCUUUUUCUGAAGUUCACUCGUAUCAAAUGGCAAUAUCAGUUGUUGACCGAGUUGA